AUGACCACUACCCCUGGCUUCUUGUUAAAGUCGCUGCCUUUAGCUUUUUACUUCAACUCGACCCUAAACUCGAUCGAGCUCGGUGUAUGCGAACUCGAUCGAGUCGGUCUACAGAGACUUGGUCGAGCUAGACUUACAACGGGUAGAAAGAGGGUUCAGAGGUCACAGAGGGUACAAGAGGAACCUGAGGUGCUUGUUGCUGAUACAAUGGAUGUACCAGAGGGGAAUGGAAACCCUUUGGGAAUGGACUCGGUCGAGCUAGGCAAACUCGACCGAUUGGUCAAGGAGAUGCUCCAAACCGCCACCAAUGCUUGCCUAGGUAUAGGGAGAUGCUAG